CCGCUGGGGGGAGCGGAGGGCGGCAGCGCGGGGCGGGCGGGCCGCGCCAUGGCGCCCUCCUUCCGGCCCGGGAAGGGCCGCCCGCCGCGGGGCGACGAGGACUGCGCGGAGGCCAGGGCCGACCGGCGGACGAGGAAGCCGCUGGUGGAGAAGAAGCGCCGGGCGCGGAUCAAUGAGAGCCUGCAGGAGCUGCGGCUGCUGCUGGCCGACAGCGAGUUUCAGGCGAAGCUGGAGAACGCGGAGGUGCUGGAGCUGACGGUGCGGCGGGUGCAGGCCGUGCUGGAGCGCCGCUCGCUCGAGGGCGGGCGGCUGCACCGCGAGGCCAGCGAGCGCUUCGCCGCCGGCUACAUCCAGUGCAUGCACGAGGUGCACACCUUCGUCUCCAGCUGCCCCGGCAUCGACGCCACCACGGCCGCCGAGCUGCUGAACCACCUGCUGGAGUCCAUGCCCCUCAACGAGGGCGGCUGCCCGGACUCCAUCGCGGACGUUGUGGCGGAUGCUGCCCUGGGGUCCUGGCCCGGCGGCGAGGCGCUGCCCCCGGCGGUGCGGCCCCCCCCGGGGCUGGGGCUGGCGCUGCCCCCCCGCUGCCCCUCACCCUGCCCCAGCGAGGACACCUGCUCCGACUCGGAUGAGGCGGAGGCCGAGCCGGGCCAGACGGCCACCGAUGGGCUGGACGCUUCGCAGACGCGUGGCCUGCCAUCGCCUAGCUUCCCCAAAUCCAUGUGGAGACCCUGGUAACGGUGGAGCAGGCGGGAGUCGACGCAGACCUACCUAGUGGGGACAGCGGGGACCCCCCUGAGCGCUGCAGGCAUCGCCUGCUGUGGGACUGCAUGCGUGGCUGCGGGACUGCUGCAUCCGUGGCACGGCAUCCCUGGUACCCACACACUGUCACGCCCUGACAGGCUAAUAGCUGAGCGCGGUAACAUUGCAUCCCUCUGUGUGCGUGUGUGGCAUUUUGUAACUUUAGGGGCUGUUUUUAUGAGAGGUUGGGAGGGGACGGGUGGGAGGAGGGAGUUGGGUUUUUAUUAGCAAAGCUAUUCGGUGGGGACACAGCAGUUAUUUUAUAACCCUGUCUCUUUCUCUUGGCCCUUAUAAAUGGUGCGACUAGCCCUACCUUUUCCUUUUUAAGAAAAAGCCCUGGUGCGUUUUGAAACCGUAAGGGUUAACUCCGUGAGAAGCUCGAGUGAAGUCUGUUUUCGGUGUUCUAGUGAUAGCAAAAAGAUCCCUGAAAGGGGUUGGCGUGGUUAGCAUCCGAGCUCCGUAGCACUCUAGAGUCUCGCCUUCAGUGAAGGAAGAAAAAACUAGAAACCUGGUGGAAUUAGGAGAACAUUUAAAAGAUGUUGGUGGCAGGGUGCCUUUUAGAAAUGACUGUCUUCAUGCACAUUUUGCUUUUAGCACAUUUGAGUUUAUUGUGACUUUGUGUAUAUUAGGGUGUCAAAUGCUUUUUAUUUUUAAUCUUUAAUAAAAAAUACUGAAUUCACAACUGA